AAGAGUUUCUGUGAGUUCCUCUCUCUCUCAUCAUCAUCUCUCUCUCUUCCCAACUUUCCACCCUAUAAAUUCCCCAAGAAUCUUCUAGAACCACCACUCCCGAUUCCCACCACCAUUUCUCCUACCCAACUCUCUCUCUCUCUCUCUCUGGUUUGCUCUCAUCAUCUUCCAAAUUUUCAUUUCAAUUUUCCUUUUCCGUUGGAGGCGCGGCUUUUGAUAUGGCUCCGACGCCGGUGGAGCCGAAUGGCGAGUCCACGUACGGCGAGUCGUUGCAGCGAGCUCUGCCGACGCCGUUUUUGACCAAGACGUAUCGGCUCGUCGACGAUCCCUCAAUCAACGACGUUAUCUCCUGGAACGACGACGGAUCUAGCUUCGUCGUCUGGAACCCCACCGUCUUUGCCAGAGAUUUGCUCCCCAAAUACUUCAAGCACAACAACUUCUCCAGCUUCGUCCGCCAGCUCAACACCUACGGAUUUCGAAAGGUUGGGCCGGACCGAUGGGAAUUCGCGAACGAUUGCUUCCAAAGAGGCCAGAAGCGGCUUCUCUGCGAAAUACAACGUCGGAGAAUCACUCCUCCGGCACCGCCGGUGGCGUCGGCAUGGGCGGUUCCAACGGCGAAACCGAUAAUGUCGCCGUCGAAUUCCAGCGACGAGCAGGUGAUAUUGUCAAGCUCGUCGCCGAACAGAGCUCCGUCGAAACUCAUGCACGAGAACGAGAGGCUGAGGAAGGAGAACAUGCACCUCACCAAGGAGUUGGCAGAGGUCAAGUCCCUAUGCAACAGUAUCUUCAGCAUGGUCUCGACUUACGCGUGCUCCCAAUCGGAAAGCGUUCCGGAGCUGAAACCGCUCGAUCUGAUGCCCGGGAAGCUGUUUUCCGUCAAGGGGGAGAAGGAAGAGGAAGAAGACGCGAGACCGAAGCUUUUCGGUGUGGCGUUAGGGGCCAAGCGCCCGAGAGAGGCCAGCGGCGAUGGCUCGGAGGGGGAUGAGACCGACUUGCGGCUUCAGCAACCGAGUGAUAGCGAGGUUAAAUCAGAACCGUUGGAUGUUGGUCAUAAGGAAACGCCGUGGCUGAAGCAGUGCCACAUGGCUAAUCAGAGGGUGUGUAAUUGAUUACUAGUUAGAAGUUACGGUAGAUAUUAGAUUGAAGCACGUGUAAAAAUGGGUUCACGUGCGUGGUCAACAUUUAGGGGCCCAUUCCCUUCGAGAAGUUUCUCAGACAUUCUACUCUUUCUUGCUUUUAGAAAUAAUACUAUUGUUUAUUUGUUUUUA